GCCUCUUGAAAAGAAAAAUCCAUAAAAACUGUAGACUUUACAAUUUAUAGAUAAGAUAAAUUUUGGGUUGUCGUUAAUAAAAACGCAAUUUAUGAACAAAGCAAAUGAGCGUCUUCGUUGCUCGAGUUGAUUAUUUUUUUGUGUCUUUUUUUUAUAUAUAUAUAUUUUUUUCGUUUUUGAACGGUUUGAGUUUCUAAAGGAAAACAUUUCCCAUUGUGUGAUAUUGUUGGUUUUGCUGUUGCCGUCGCUGUUGUCGUCGGUCGUUGUCGACCGCUGCCUCGCAUCGAAUCGGUUCUCUGUCUGUAGCUGUGUGCGCACACACACAAACCAACUGACAUUUCAUUCGAGAUAUUUUAUUGUGGAUUACCGUUUCGCACUCUUCUACCAUACACAUCGUUCGAAUGUACUGCCAGACGUCUUUGCACUCUCAUACGAUGUGCAUGUGAACCAACACUGAAUCUGUGUGUAUAAAAAUAGUAAACAACGGAAAGAAAUACCUUCGGUUGGAUUUUACGUGAAUUUGUCAAAAAGAAAUGAAGUGUUUGUAAUUGCAGUUACAAGUGACGUUUACAACGCAAGUGAAGUUAUCAAAAUCUAUUGCGAUUAUAUUACAGAAAAAUCAAUUCCGAAUGGUUGUUUAUUGUGGCAAACGGGGUUUUCUUUCAUUAAUUUCAUUUGAUUACUAUGACAUCCGAAACAUUGAACGGAAUUGACAAUUUCUCAUCCAAUUUGGCAUUUAACAAUGAUCAAAACAGCAACGCGCUACAAACAGAUCAUGAAGAUGGUACCAAUUUUCGAGAUGAAAUGGAUUCGCUUUUGAGUAAUCCAGCGUUCAUCGAUGCUUUAAAUGUGGCUAACUUUGAAACAGUGAACAAUGAUGAUGCUAACGAUGUGCCGUCACACGACGAAAACAAUGCAGUGGUUGAUGUCAAUGUCAAUGAUGAUGACGAUGUAGCCAGUGAAGAAGCAAAUGACCUGGAAACGGAGAAAUAUAAUAACGAAUGCAAUUCAAAUCUUGUAUAUCGGCCGAUUGAAAAACUGCGAAUUGUAAUACCGACCAUGUCAUCACCGAUUAGUAUGCAUUCAUCAUCAUCCGAAUGCAGUUCACCGGUUCGAUCGAAAAAGAAUAAAAAACGUUUUUGCAUCAAAUGUAAUAUACGUUUCAAGCACACCGUCGAUUGGUUGAAACAUUUAGAAAAGCAUGUUAGUUUACCAUCGAUAAAACUAAUGCAAUUGGACACAAACAACGAACUUUACAAAGACUAUCUGGAGCGAUGUAAAACAGCAACGAAACGUAGGCCAUCGUCAUACAGUGAAAACGGAAACGAGUCCGAACAUGAGCAUGAACAUUUAAGGAUUCGCUUAAAAAUUCCACGAACUGAAGCUUCCGAUCAAGUGGGUGAAAAUGGUAUAAGUGAGAAUCCAUCAGAGCCAAUAGCCACGAUGGUCAACACGGAAAAAACUCCGCCAACUCCUCCGAUUAAUGGAUGCCGUAUUCGAGUGCUGCGAGCAGAGGAAAUUAAACAAAGUCCACCGAGAACCUCACCAAUUCAUAUCCAUUUACCGGAUAAUGCAAUGGUGUCAUUGCCAUCGGACAAUCGCAUUCACUAUGAGUGCCCGUCACUCGAUGGGCUCAGUCAAUUUGCUGAAGAGGCAAUGAACGAAGAAUCAAACGCACAAAUUUUGAAGAAAUUACUCGAAACGUCAAAUUUACCGCCCGAAUCAGGUGAAUGGGAUUCAACGCAGGUAAAUGAAUUCAUCUCAAUCGAUCGUUUAGCGCACUUAUGUAAAACAUGUAACGAAAAGUAUCCCAGCCUCAAUUUAUUGCACGAGCAUCAACGAUUGACUGGCCAUGGACACUCACAAUUUCCAUCGAUACUCGAGCCAAUUCAAGAAAUGAUCGUCGAUCCAGUGCAGCAAUAUCGUCCGCCGCAAACCAGCCGAUUGGAACACCUAUUGGCUCAACAGAAAAAUAGUCUGCCACCACCGCUAACACAGCAACAACGACCACCACCGCCAAUGUAUGGCCAACCACCUGAACUUCCAAUUCAUCAAAUGGAAAAUCAAGUUCGUAGCUUUGCGAACAUGCAACAAAUGCCAAAUCGUCCACGAUUUCCGAUGCAACCGACAAGGCAUCCAUCACAAGUUCCUCCUAAUUAUCCGAUGCACCGUUAUCCACCGCACAUGCAACCACAGUCACAAAUGGUUCGACCGAAUGGUAUGCAAUCCAAUCAACCGAUCAAUAUGACACCGUUCCUAAAUAUGAGCCCGGAUAUGUACAAUCCACGACAGUCAAACAAUAACAACAUUCCAAUGAAUAGUAGCGGCUUGAAUGCAUUCAACAGAGGCCCAGCUCCAAUGAUGAACCGUUUUAUGCCGCAACAACAACAACAACAACAACAGCAACAUCAACAGCAACAAUAUCCGCCGCCGCCACAAAAUCCCAGUGAUAUGAUGCACCGUUUUUCAUUGCAGCAACCACUACAACGAUCUCCAAUGAAUGGACCAUUGAACGUGCGACCUGCUCGCAAUGUGCCGCCGUGUCCAAUCCGACCGAUUAUGGGUAAUUCACCACCAAAUCGACCGAGUAUGGGCCCAUCGCCACCAAUGCGACCAAAUAUCGGCAACUCACCUCCAAUACGGCCGAAUAUGGGUCCAUCAUCACUGAUGCAAAGGCAACCACCGAUGGCAAUUUCGUUGGACGAAAAUCAAAGGGCUCGUUUCAUGAUGCGAAUGCGAGAACUUGAAAAUCGACCAUUUAUAUCGAAUGCACCACGCACUGAAGGAUUGCCUGUGAUUGAAUCUGUACAAAGUGGAGCGAUUACAUUGAAUACGACAAAAAAACCCACUGCUGAAUCAACACCAAAAACCAUUCAAAUAAACGAUCAAAUCACACUAAGUGUGAAAAAUAAAGAGCCUAUUACGACGGGUAAAAUCGCCGAAAAACGCACAACACCUCCGGCAGCUGAUAGCAAUACAGUUGCGAAUAUACUGGAAAAACGCGGCAUCACCGUGAAAUCAACGACAAAAUUGGCGGAAAAAUCAAAAGCCAUCGAUGAUUCCAACAAAACACCGUACGCUUCAGCCGAUGCAGCCGUGCAGAAGCUCCAAAUGAAUAAUUCGGUCAGCAUUAUACAGAGGAAAAAGGUAGUUACUCCGCCUGCAGCUCCUGCUUCGACUUCGACUUCGGCUACGGCUACGGCCACGGCUACAGCUACUACUACAACUGCUACUGCUAAUGCUACUCCGGUCGUUGUCGAAGAAACAAUUGACUUAUCUGACGAUGAUGACACUCCAGCCGAACCAUUCAAGAAGCCCAAACAAACGCCAACAAAACAACCCACCGUUCUAAGGUGUCCAUUGAAAAGUUGUGCCAUGAAAUUUUCGAAUGUAAAAUCGUUGCGUGAGCAUGAGCAAAAAGUGCAUCAAGUAACACGGUUGAGUAAAUUCAAAUGUACCGUUUGUUCGCUCCGUUUUGUAUCGUCCGACGCAGUCAAAGCGCAUAUACGAAAAACACAUGCCGGCCAAUUGAAAUCACAACCCGAUUUUGGUAUUCCGAUUGUCAAUUUUAACGAUCCAGGCAUUCGUAAGAAAAUGUUAUCAUUGGGAUUCACCAAUUUCCUACCGAUAACCAAUGCUCGUUUGGACAAAUCCGAAGUCUUUGGCAUGCCAAUCAUCAAUAUUAACGGGCCAUCGGUCAACAAUCUCAAGAAUAUCUUCGAUAGUGAAUCAAUAAAAGUUUUGCCAAUCAACUCGAUGCGAACAAUACCACGGCCAAAAGUUACAGCAACAACAUCUCCUCAGCCAAAUCGAUCCAUACAGAAACCGCCACCGCCGCCAUCUAAUCAUUUAAAUGAUCCAAAUCUUUUAAAUGGUCCAAAUCAUCCUAACACACCUACCACUUCAACAGACCUACUGUCGACUGCACAAAAAUAAUAUUGCGAAUUAACUCAUAUCUGCUUAAUAGAAUGUAAAAAUUCUGGAAAUGUUACAAAGCAAAGAAAAGAUUAUGACUCAGCUAAAAUGAUAUCGUUGUUGUGUAUCAUUUAUUUCUUGUUGAAAACAAGUUCAAUGACUUACAGUUUUUUUUUUGCAUUGCAAAUAAAAUGAAAUUCCCUUGGCAUCUUUGAAUGUAUAUUUAGAAUAAAAUGAAAAAUCAACUAUUUUUUAUCAGAAA